AUGAAGAGUUCGCGAAGCAUUCGAGCUGGCCUCCGCCAGGCUGGCCGCACAUCACUCCACUCCCGCCCGACACUCCCGAAGCCGUUUCCCGCAAGGGCAACCGCCGCCCAACAUGCUCGAACCUUGCACGCCUCGCCCGCGCGUCACAGCGGCUCAUCUAAUCCAGCAAUGGCAUUUCCCUGUCUUGACGCGCUCGAGUCAAGAUCGGCUCAGCUGUCUUCGUCCCGAACCUCUGCAUCUUCCGGCCCCGAGCCAUCAUACACAGCGGGCGCAACGCUAUCCUACCAUUGCAAGUCGCCCUUGCUUCUCGAUUGGGGCGGCGUGCUGCCCUCUUUUCACAUUGCAUACGAGACAUGGGGCAAGCUCAAUGCCGACAAGUCCAACGUGGUCCUCUUGCACACCGGCCUCUCGGCCAGUUCACACGCGAGAUCGACCGAGGCGAACCCCCAACCCGGUUGGUGGGAGCGAUUCAUCGGCCCUGGCUGCGCCAUCGAUACAGAUCGCUACUUUGUAAUAUGUACCAACGUCAUUGGCGGCUGCUACGGCUCGACCGGUCCCUCGUCGCUCGACCCGGCGGACGGCAAGCACUACGCGACACGCUUCCCCAUCCUUACCAUUAGCGACAUGGUACGCGCCCAGUUCCGCCUGCUCGACAGCCUCGGCAUCGACAGGCUAUACGCCUCGGUCGGGAGCUCCAUGGGAGGCAUGCAGUCCCUCGCCGCGGCGACGCUCUUCCCCGACCGCGUAGCUAGAAUCGUGAGCAUCAGCGGCUGCGCGAGGAGCCAUCCUUACAGCAUUGCGAUGCGCCACACCCAGCGUCAGGUGCUGAUGAUGGACCCGCAUUGGAACCGAGGAUUCUACUACGAGCCGGACCAGAUCCCGCCCCACGCUGGAAUGAAGCUGGCCCGGGAGAUCGCCACCGUCACGUACAGGUCCGGUCCUGAGUGGGAGCUGAGGUUCGGCAGGCGCAGGGCCGACCCCAACAAGCCUCCGGCGCUGUGUCCCGACUUUCUGAUCGAGACGUAUCUGGAUCAUGCCGGCGAAAAGGCCUGUCUGACCUACGACGCCAACAGUUUGUUGUAUGUCAGCAAGGCGAUGGACCUGUUUGAUUUGGGCGCAGAAAACCAGCGGGCUACUGUGCAGAGGAGGACGGCAAGGGAAGAGGAGAUGAGGGCAGGGAAGGAGGCGUCUGCGAACGAGCAGGCGGCGUGCACGCUGACGCUUCCGGAUGUCCCCUACGAGGAGCAGCAGUCACCAGAGGAGCCGGCAGAGGCCGCGUCUGCGUCUCCAUACCCGCAACCACCGGCUGAUUUGGUGCGCGGGUUGGCUCCACUUAGUCAACACCCGACGUUGGUGAUGGGCGUGGCCAGCGAUAUCCUAUUUCCGGCCUGGCAGCAGCGUGAGGUGGCUGACGCGCUGCGGGCUGUGGGGAACAAGAGCGUGACCCACGUAGAGUUGAGUGAGGAACAAAGCAUGUUUGGACACGAUACAUUUUUGUUGGAUUUGGAAAACAUUGGCGGCAACGUCAAGAAGUUCUUGGAGUCAUGA